CUCACGCGCCGCAGUGCGCAUGCGCGCUGGGACGGUGUUGACCAUGGCGACGGUUCGGGACUGGCCGGUGGCCGCGAUCUUGCUGCUUCUGCUCGGCGUGUUCCAGGCCGAGGCCCAGGAGGGCAUCCUCCGCGCGUCCAGCAAAGAGACCUCUCCCAAAAUCCGGGAGUACUGCAUUAUUUUCAACGCGCAGUGGAUGCCGCUUCCCAGUACUCUGACCAACGCCACUAAUUACCAAUUACAAGACCUGACCAGCACUGAACUCUGCAAUUCAUCAGAUGUGCCUGCUGAGGGUAUAAAGGACAAGCUUGUGGUUGUGAUGAGAGGGAACUGUACAUUCAUUGAAAAAGCACGGGUUGCUGUGGGGAACCAUGCCAAAGCUCUGUUGAUUGCCUCUACAAGUGGUCUAAUUCCUCCUAAGGGUAAUACAUCUGAAUACGAGCAGCUACAAAUUCCAGUGGCCUUAAUCAGCUAUGAUGAUAUACUAUCCAUGAAAAAGGUGCUGGGGAAUCAAAUUUCAGCCACACUCUACUCUCCUCCCAUGCCCUCUAUGGACUACAGCAUCCUGAUUGUCUUCUUUAUUGCUGUUGGAACUGUUGCCCUUGGAAGUUACUGGAGUGGGAUAGAAGAACCGGAAAGUGAAAGUUUAUCACCUGAAUCCAGAUCAAAGACCCGGAGAGGGAGUAAGAAUGAGGACACGGCGAACAUCUUGACUCCAGUCACCGUCCUAUUUUUUGUCAUCAUUGUUAUCGUGAUGAUUGUACUGUUGUACUUCUUCUACAAGUGGUUAGUGUACGUGGUCAUUGCCAUCUUCAGCGUAGCUUCAACAAUCAGUCUCUACAAUUGUUUGUCGGCACUAGUGAGGAGAAUCCCAUAUUGCAAAUGCAGCUUCAUGUGCAGUAGCAGAAGGAUUGAAGUUCGUUUGGUGGUGCUCGCAUUGUUCUGUAUAACAUUGGUUGCUGUGUGGGUUGUGUUUCGAAAUAAUGACAGAUGGAUUUGGAUUCUACACGACUGUCUUGGAGUUGCUUUUUGCCUUAACUUCUUGAAGACCUUGAAGAUGCCUCACUAUAAGUCCUGUGUCAUCCUGCUGGUUCUCCUCCUCAUCUAUGAUGUCUUCUUUGUUUUCAUCACGCCACUCUUCACGCCGAAUCACGAGAGCAUUAUGGUUGAGGUCGCAACAGGAUCUGGAUCUGGCAGCAGUGAAAAGACUACUGGAACCAACUUAAUGGAACUUGCUGUUGCACCAGCGCCUCGUAAUGAAAAAUUGCCUGUAGUUAUCAGAGUGCCAAGAUUGGUGCCGUCUGUUGCAACCUUGUGUGGAAUUCCAUUUUCUGUCCUGGGGUUUGGUGAUAUUAUUGUACCAGGAUUAUUGGUUGCUUAUUGCCGAAGAUUCGAUGUGGAGACUAACGGCUACAACAUCUACUUCAUUCUGUGUACAAUAGCAUAUGCAGUGGGCAUGAUGUUGACAUUUGUUGUUCUGAUCGUUAUGAAGAUGGCACAGCCUGCUCUACUCUACCUUGUACCAUGUACUCUCAUCACUUGCACUAUAACGGCCAUCACGAGGAAGGAAUUAAGAAUAUUUUGGACGGGAAGUGUUUAUGAGGUUUUACAAGGCUUCAAUCCCACUAGUACUCAGACUGACAAGUUUCCUCGAGCUCAGCAGUUGCUUUAUGAUGAUGACCCCAGUUGAUGCAGCAAGUGAAGAAACUACUGCUGCUCUCAUUGAGCCAGUGUCUGAAAAUCCCUCCGAGAUAUAAUUUGCUGCUUUACUGCAACUCAUUUUCUACAUGUACUUUGUUACCAAAUAAUUAGGAAACUGGGGGUAACCCAGAAUUUGUGAUUACCUGAAAAACUCUCUUGCCUUUAAGCACAAAUUUCUACAUUGAAAUAUUUUUGUAAUGACAUUUAUUUCUGAAUCUGAGAAUCUAUUAUUAUGUACUUUCACUACUUCAGAAGCUGUUGGAUGUAAAUAUCAUAGAUAAAUAUGUAAUUACAUUCAAACUUUGGUUAAUCUGGUCAAACUUUUCUGGUUGCUCUUGGAUGGACAUGCUUAGCUUUGAAUGACGGUUACUGUUCUCUAGAAGGUCAAGAACACGUGCUAAUCAGAAAUGUUUGAACAAAACCAAAUCUUUAAAAAUGAACCCCAGUGUUGUUUUCAGUCAUUUAUUCAACUGUGCCUGUGCAUCCUUCAAAUUAUGCCAAAUAGGGUUAUGUUUCUAUUCCAAUUUAACACUAACCAGGCAGGUUUGAUCAUGUGAAGGCCAUUUGAAUAUCUUUGUACAUAGGAAGUGAAGAUUAACCUGCACUGCUGUGUGAUACGAUUCGCAUCUAACUUUGAUUAUGGAAAUACAUUCUGUGAAACAGGGUGUGCUAAUGUUUGAAGAUGAAUUGAAAUAUUUGUUAUGAUUUAAAUAAGGGGAUGUAACUGCAGAAUUAUUUUAUUAAAUACAUUUGGAAAUUC